GGAACAAAGAAUGGGAAGCAUCCUGGGAGGGAAAAGUUGAGGUCAAGUCUCGCAUGUUUGACUUGGACACAGAACAGGCCUUUGCCGCAGGAUAUAAAGACCUGUGGUUUUCAUGUCUCUGAGAUAUUGUCACAACCACUGAUAGAGGACAGUUAACGUGCAAAGAUGGGCUACCUCCUUUAUUUCUCUCCUGAGACGUGGACUCUCCUGGCUGCUCUUGUCACAUUGAUCCUUGUGUAUGGCUCUUGGUCAUAUGGAGUGUUUAAACAAAUGGGCGUUCCUGGUCCCAAACCCAUACUGUUUCUGGGCACUUGGAUGGAAUAUAGGAAGGGACUAAUUCACUUUGAUCAUGAAUGCUUCAAGAAAUAUGGAAAAGUAUGGGGAAUUUUCGAUGGCCGGCAGCCUGUGCUGUGUGUCACAGAUCCUGCCAUGAUAAAAACCAUUCUGGUGAAGGAGGGAUACCUUCUGUUCACCAACCGCAGAAACUUCCAUGUGAAUGGGGCAAUGUACGAUAUCAUGACCAUCGCUGAAGAUGAGCAGUGGAAGAGGAUCCGCAGUGUCGUCUCUCCCUUCUUCACCACAGGAAAACUGAAAGAGAUGUUUGACAUAAUAAAGCAAAACUCUGCCAACCUGAUCACCAACAUGCAAAAGACGGCAGACAACGAUGAGCCCCUGGACCUGAAGGAAUUCUUUGGAUCCUUCAGUAUGGAUGCAAUAACCAGCACAGCAUUCAGUGUAGACAUCGGCUCGCUCAACAACCCCUCUGACCCAUUUGUCUCUAACGUUAAGAAGCUGGCGAGGUUUAACUUAUUCAGCCCUCUCUUCCUCACUCUGGUCUUCUUCCCCUUCGUGGUCCCGUUAUAUGACAAGAUGGAGCUCGGCUUUUUCCCUUCCUCUGUCACAGACUUUUUUUACACUGUACUGCAGAAGAUCAAGAACGAUAGAAAGUCCAGCAAACAAGCUAAUCGAGUGGAUUCUCUUCAGUUGAUGAUGGACUCUCAGAAAAACAGCGCAGUCGAGAAGAAUAAAGGUUUAAGUGAUCAUGAGCUCCUUUCUCAAGCCCUGAUUUUGAUCUUUACUGCGUAUGAAACAGUCAGCAGCUCACUGACUUUCCUGUCUUAUAAUCUGGCGAGAAACCCUCAUGUCAUGAAAAAGCUGCAGGAGGAGAUUGACUCCACCUUCCCUAACAAGGCUCCUGUUGAGUACCAGGCCCUGAUGCAAAUGGAAUAUCUAGACAGUGUCAUCAAUGAGUCUCUUCGAUUGUACCCCAUCGUCCUACGCGUGGAGCGGGUGGCCAAGGCAUCUGUGGAGAUAAAUGGUCUUGAGAUUCCAAAAGGAAUGGUUAUCACGAUCCCCGCAUAUACCCUGCACCGCGACCCUGACUCUUGGCCCGAACCAGAGGAAUUCAUACCUGAGAGGUUCAGCAAGGAAAACAAGCAGAAUAUUGAUCCCUACACAUAUUUGCCUUUCGGAGAAGGGCCAAGAAAAUGCAUUGGAAUGCGAUUUGCUCUGAUGUCGAUGAAACUUGUAGCUGUGGAGAUCCUCCAGAGGUUCAGCUUCUCUGUGUGUGAGGAGACUGAGAUCCCGUUCGAGUUGGACAACCAGAUUCUGCUUAUGCCAAAACGACCAAUCAAACUGAAGCUGGUGCCACGUUUGGAAAAAUGCAGCUAAAAAAGAAGAGAAAGAGGAAAGAUUUUCAUUUUAAAUCUGUUGUAUAUAUAAAUAUAGAAAAUGAUAUAACCACACCAAACAGAGUCAGUUUUCCACAGUCUUUCUUUCUGUAGUUCGUGCUCAAGCUUUUAUUUUGAAAUCCAUCCUUAAACCAAGUCAAUGUGGAUCAUUUGUAAAAACUUGUAUUGUGUGGAUUUGUCGACACUGUUAUUGUUAUAUGUAUGUGUUAAUCUGUGUACAAUAAAUUAUAUUUAUGUUAGUGGCAGUUUAAUCUCUGCGCUGAUUAAUUACUCAAUUAACAAAAUGAAUUGCCAACUACUUGAUUUGAGUGUAUAUUUUAUUUAAAUAAAAAUAAAUUAAAUGUGAACA